AUGACGGCCCUUUCCGAGUCCAAGAACAUGCAUCGGGUGCGCGCCGACGAGGCAGCGCGGCUCAAGAUGCAAGACUCUCUGCGCAGUGCCGCCGAGGCCAUGGAGACGUCUAACGACACGAUGCUGCGUCUGUUCAACGGGGCUCUGGAAGUCCCCAUGGUCAAGGCCGCGUGUGACAUUGGACUCUUCAAGACGCUCGUCGCGAGCGAGACGCCGCUGACUCUGGAAGAAUUGGCAUACACUACAAAGGCGGAGCCAGCUUUCCUCGGUCGCGUCUUGCGCUAUCUCGCGGCCACGCGAUUCAUCGCAGAGACGGGCAAGGACCAGUUUGGCGCCAACCUCACCACGCAAUCGCUUGCGGAUCCUGCCAUUGAGGGCAGCUUGAACUACAUCUUCGCAAUCGCCAUUCCGGCUUACAUGGCUCUCCCCGAUUUCAUGCAGCAGACGAGCUUCCAGACUCCGCCAGGCACUAAGUGCGCGUGGCAGCAAUCGGUCAAGACGGACAUGGACUGGUUCCCGUACUACAAGCAGCACCCCAAGCAGCUCUCGUACUUCCAGAAGCUCAUGAGCGUGCCCCGCGACGGUGACUGGCUCGACGUCGUCUCUUUUGCCGACGAGGCCGCCAACGUCAGCCCGGACAGCGCGCUCUUCGUCGACAUUGGAGGCAACAUCGGCCACCAGAGCAAACGGCUGAGGGCAAAGUACCCCACGCUCCCCGGAAAGGUCAUUGUCCAGGACCUGCCCGAGACGGUCAGCGUGGCGGCAGCGGCUCCGGGCGUCGAGUUCAUGGCCUAUGACUUUUUCACGCCGCAGCCCGUGGAAGGCGCCAGGUUCUAUUACAUGCGGACCGUCCUCCACGAUUGGGACGAGGAGAACUCGAUCAAGAUCCUCAAGAACACAGCCGCUGCCAUGACGGCCGACUCGCAGCUGCUGAUUGACGAGAUGGUGCUGCCUAACAAGGACGUGCAUUGGUGGUCGGCCUGCCUUGACCUGCACAUGUACACCAUGCUCAACGCGCUGGAGCGGACUGUCGACCAGUGGCACGACCUGCUGGGCAAGGCCGGCCUCAAGCUCGUCGACAUCAGGACGUACGCGUCGGUCAUGAAGAACUCCAUCAUUGUCGUCGAGCGGCUGUAG